GAGAGCGAGGAUAAGCAUCCCAACACAUCCCACCGUUUGGACUUUUUCUCAUUCAGGUGUGCGCGGCGAAUCACGCACAAGACACCGGGACAGAAGCCGUGGAUUUUCUUUCUGACUGAGGACUGAGAGGGAAAUGAUCCGAUCGCAUUUGAACUUGACUCUUUUUCUCUGAUGGGAUAGUUUAUGUUGAUAUUUGAGCAGAACAGGUGCGAUUCAUAAGGGCUCCUCCGGUAAUGCGGAAUGACCGUACGGGACCGUUAACGCGCGCGUGGAUCACCUGAUUCAUCACCGACCACCGCAUUCCGCUCGUCCCCGACCGCACGCUGAUCUGCGGAGGAAAGUUCAUAAAGAUUGUCUGAUUGAUUGCUGCUAAAUCAACAUUUCCCCCCAAAAAUAGCUGUGCUUUGAAUUGGAUUUUUUUCCCACGACUAAAAUACUAAAGUAUUAACUGACCUAGUCCUUAAAGCAGUAAUCAAUAAGGAUAUCCUCAUAUUAUACUGGAGUCAGAUCAUUUUUUCUGACUGGUCGAACGGAUUUGUCACUAUGUGCGCGAAUUGGUAACCUCCGUAUGAGCAAGCUCACAGUGAACCGAGGGUCGUGUUUGGCUGCUCUUUAUCUACAAAUGUAAGGCUUUGUGAAACCCUGGCUCUGACAACACCAUAUGGAGACAACUGUUUGAAUUAAAGCAGCGGGAACACGCGUGAACUGCUGUCAUGGAUUUAAGGGAUUUUUACUUGUUGGCAACAUUAGUUGCUUGUUUCUGGUUAGAUCCCACCAUAGCCCAAGAGCUCAUUUACCCUAUUCGAGAAGAGCUACAGGAGAAUGUUCUUAUUGGAAACAUACCUAAGGACUUGAACAUCUCCCAUAUGAACUCUGCCACCGGGGCUACCAGUAAUCUGGUUUACCGACUUGUGUCGAAAGCAGGUGACACCCCGCUACUUAGAGUGAUGAGCAAUACAGGAGAAAUCUUUACCACCUCCAACCGUAUCGACCGGGAGAAACUCUGUCCCGGCCCCUCUUUUGAAGACAGCGAGUGCUCUUUUGAAAUCGAGGUGGUCAUUUUGCCAAAUGACUACUUCAGAUUAAUCAAAAUUAAAAUCAUUGUCAAAGACACCAACGACAAUGCCCCCAUGUUUCCCUCGCCUGUGAUCAACAUUUCAAUUCCGGAAAACACACUCAUCAACAGCCGCUUUGCCAUUCCGUCUGCCACAGAUCCAGAUACCGGACCCAACAGCGUACACAAAUACGAGCUGUUGAAUGGGCAGAGCGCCUUCGGUUUGGAUAUUGUGGAGACACCAGAGGGUGAGAAAUGGCCUCAGCUUAUCGUUCAGCAGAAUUUAGAUAGAGAACAGAAAGAUACUUAUGUGAUGAAAGUCAAAGUGGAGGAUGGGGGGAACCCACAAAAAUCUAGCACUGCCAUUCUACAGGUAACUGUCACUGAUGUUAAUGAUAACCGGCCUGUCUUCAAAGAAAGCCAAAUUGAGGUCCACAUCCCGGAAAAUUCUCCCGUCGGCACAUCUGUAGUUCAGCUGCAAGCCACUGAUGCAGACGUGGGUGCCAAUGCAGAAAUAAAAUACAUGUUUGGGGCCCAGGUGUCUCCAGCGACACGGAGACUUUUUGCUCUGAACUCCACCACUGGGCUCAUAACAGUUCAAAGGCCGCUUGAUAGAGAAGAGACCGCCAUUCAUAAACUCACAGUACUAGCCAGCGAUGGAAGCUCGAGUCCAGCAAGAGCCACCAUCACUAUCAAUGUGACAGAUGUGAAUGACAACGCUCCAAACAUCGACCUGAGAUACAUCAUCAGUCCAACUAAUGGUACAGUAAUGCUUUCUGAAAAAGAUCCAAUAAAUACCAAGAUUGCUCUCAUUACUGUAUCUGACAAAGACACAGAUGUCAACGGCAAGGUGAUUUGCUUCAUUGAAAAAGAUGUUCCAUUUCACCUCAAAGCGGUUUAUGAUAACCAGUAUUUGUUAGAAACAUCUGCACUGCUUGAUUAUGAAGGAACAAAGGAGUACAUCUUCAAGAUUGUUGCUUCUGACUCUGGAAAACCUAGUCUGAACCAGACCGCCCUGGUUAGAGUGCGGCUGGAGGAUGAAAAUGACAAUCCACCCAUUUUCACCCAGCCUGUCAUUGAGCUGGCUGUCAUGGAGAACAACCAACGUGACAUGUUCCUGACAACCAUCAGCGCCACAGAUGAGGACAGCGGACGGAAUGCAGAGAUUGUCUACCAGCUUGGACCCAACGCAUCAUUCUUUGAUCUUGACCGCAAAACAGGAGUGCUAACCGCAUCCAGGGUGUUUGAUAGGGAGGAACAAGAGCGGUUCCUCUUUACGGUCACUGCUAGGGACAAUGGCACCAGGGCUCUGCAGAGUCAAGCUGCAGUCAUAGUGACCAUACUAGACGAGAACGACAAUAGCCCUAAAUUUACACACAACCACUUUCAGUUCUUUGUGUCAGAGAACCUGCCUAAAUAUAGUACAGUUGGAGUAAUCACAGUCACAGAUGCAGAUGCUGGUGAGAACGCCGUGGUGAGACUCUCGAUCCUUAACGAUAACGAGAACUUCAUUCUUGACCCAGAUUCUGGAGUCAUAAAGUCCAACGUUUCCUUUGACCGAGAGCAGCAAAGCUCCUACACCUUUGACGUCAGAGCUGUGGACAACGGAAGCCCUCCAUGUUCGUCAGCUGCCAAGGUGACCAUCAAUGUCAUUGAUGUCAACGACAACCCUCCCAUCGUCAUCUACCCGCCAUCAAACACCUCUUUCAAGCUAGUGCCACUGUCUGCGAUUCCAGGAUCGGUUGUGGCCGAGGUGUUUGCGGUAGAUGGCGAUACGGGUAUGAAUGCAGAACUCAAGUACACUAUUGUGAGUGGUAACGGAAGAAGUCUUUUCAGAAUUGACCCUGUAACGGGAAACAUCACAUUAGAGGAGAAACCCACGGUUGCAGACAUUGGCCUCCAUAGGCUAGUGGUCAACAUCAGUGACCUCGGCUAUCCAAAGUCCCUGCACACUCUUGUCCUUGUUUUCCUCUACGUAAACGACACGGUUGGAAACUCCUCAUACAUACAUGACCUCAUCCGUCGGACAAUGGAAACACCACUGGAUAGGAACAUCGGCGAGAGCAGUGAGACUUAUCAGAACGUUGACAACCUCAAAACCAUCAUUGCCAUCGUGACAGGUGCUAUGGUAGUGAUCGUGGUCAUCUUCAUAACAGUACUGGUGCGCUGCCGACAUGCCUCACAGUUCAAGGCGGCCCAGAGAAAGAAGCAGGGUGCCGAGUGGAUGUCUCCCAACCAAGAGAACAAGCAAAACAAGAAGAAAAAGCGCAAAAAGAGGAAGUCGCCAAAGAGCUCCCUCUUGAACUUUGUCACCAUCGAGGAGAACAAACCCGACGACUCUGCCCACGAACCCAUAAAUGGAACCAUCAGUCUCCCGGCUGAGCUCGAGGAGCCCGGGAUUGGACGCUUUGACUGGAAUGCCACUCCUACUACCACCUUCAAACCCAGCAGCCCAGACUUGGCCCGGCACUACAAGUCCGCUUCACCCCAGUCGGCCUUCCACCUCAAAGCUGACACUCCGGUGUCUGUGAAAAAGCAUCAUGUGAUACAGGAGCUGCCACUGGACAAUACCUUUGUUGGGGGCUGUGACACGCUUUCCAAACGUUCCUCCACCAGCUCCGAUCACUUCAGUGCCUCAGAAUGCAGUUCACAAGGAGGCUUCAAGUCAAAGGGGGCACCUUUGCACACCAGACAGGUUUGCCUUGUAGGGAGAAAGAAAGGAGUAUACCAAUGUAGAACGACAGAUUACAUAAUGAACUGCAAUCCAGGCCAAGAGAGCGGCCUCUGCAGCUUCUGUCCUAUUGGGAACCAUGCUGUCGUGCUGUACAUGCCUUAACGAAUGACUCAGUGACCCAAAACAAUAGCUGCCACUGUAAGCGCAGAGACAGAUGCCUGUCAACACUGUAGAUUGUACCACACUGUGAAAUGUGCUGUUCGCUCAGUCCAGAGGGGUCUGUGUUUGAACAGGGGUUGCCCUUUGUGUCUCUGUCUCGAUUUAAAGGCCAUUGACUGUGCGUUUCCUCUCUAAAGCUCAUAGAUACUGGGGCAGCCUCCAUGCAGAGCUAGUUAGCACAGCUAGAGGCACAUCAGUGGAAAGCUUAUUAUGGCACCCAAAACCUCUGCUGACAGCCAUAGGGCAAUUAACACUUGGCCUUUCUGUUCACCGACUGAACUGAAGCAGUGCAAACAACAAUGAGCACAUGCAAACUUGCCUGAUAGUCAAGGGUGCAGCAAACAUGACCAUUUUCAGUCUGCUUGGCCGCAGUAAAACUAUAGCUUUAAAGGGAUAGUUCACCCUAAAAUGAAAUUCUGUCAUCAUUUACUCACUCUCAUGUCAUUCCUUUAUGCAUUUCUUCUGUGGAACACAAAAGGAGAAAAGUCAACAGGACUCAGUGUCUUUUUUUUGCAUCCUAACAUUUUUCAAAACAUCUUCUUUUAUGCACCACAGAAGAAAGAAAGUCAUACAGGUUUGGAAUGACAUGGGGUGAGUAAAUGGUGACGGAAGUUUCAUUUUGGGGAGAACUGGCCCUUUAAGACUAAGCAGAAGCAUUGGUUGCAUGAGCGAUUCAUUGGGUGUUAAUGCAUUUAUCCAAAGCAAACUUACAUUGCAUUCUACAAUUCGUCAGUUCAUGCAUUCCCUUGAAAUUAAACUCAUGACCUUGCUAGUGCCAUGCUCUAAUCUUUAAACCAUAGAAACUUAUCAAGUCACUUAAUUACUAGUCAUGAGCCAAAAUGAUUUAUAAGUGCAAUAAUAUGUCCUCUCGACUUUCCAAUCGUUUUGACUUCACUUCUGAUAAUAAAAUGUAUUGUAGGAAAAUUUCCACCGUGCAUCCAGGAAUCAAUGUGUAUCAUUCUUUUCCCAUUUCUCUGUCACUUUACUAUGCUUUUCAGAGUGAAAUUCAAUAUACAACAGAUACAAAUCACUCACCUUCCAGAACUCGUUAAUGAACAGCCUUUAUUGCAAAAUAAUCAGAGUAGGCCAUUUAUUUCUCAUUUGUAGUUUUUUUAUCGCAUGGGGCAAACACACACGCACACAUCACGGUUCAAUAGCUUCUCAGGAUGGAGGCGCAUUAAAAAGUCUAUUACGAAGUGCAUGAAACAUUUAGGUUAUUGAUUAAGCGUGCAUGCAUAGUGUGCAAGACUCCACUCUGCGGGAAAACUCCUCAACAAGCCUGAUUAAUAAACUCAGUUGGAGAAAUUAAACUGGGAAGUGACUGCUCAUAGCAAACCGAACUCAUGCAAGCAUUUAUAAGAGCGUUUGCGCUUCAUGCUGAAGAGUCUCUGCUCAUACUCAUACCUGCUCAGAUUUCACAUCAAGCAGUUCACUUACAUCAUGUCUAUCAGAUUCAGAUUUCUUAUCAGAUCUCUGUUCAUAAAUAUAGAUUCUUAGAAAGCCUCAUUCAUAUGUAUCCGAGCCCUGAGAGGAGGCUAACAGCUCUACCGAUGAGUGCUAGCAAUAAUGACUUGCAAUUAUUCCAAAGUGAUGCGGUUAUUCCGUUUGGAUUAGGAAGCAAUCAGACCCGAGAGAUUCCGUUGGACUGUUUUUAGAGACCAGAUGAUUGUCUCUUACGCACUGUUUCCUCUGUUGCCGAGCUUUCCUCUAAUCUGGCAAAGCAGAGCGCAGUCAGGUCUUUCCCACUGUCACAUAAUAGAAGGAAUCUGUACGCAUCGCCUUUCCUGAGAGUCUCGACGAGCUAAGACAAAACCAAAAUGGAACAAAAGUGUCUGGUUGCUGACUUGAAUUGCAACAUUGAAUCUUAAGAGAUUACGCAUGCAUCAGGCUCCUGCUCCACCAUAUGUGAGCCAGACAAAGGUUACUAGCGAGGGCAUGGAGCGAAUAAUAUGUGGAAUGAAGAGAUGUGUGUGUGUGUGUGUGUGUGUGUUCAAGCCUCUCUCGAGUGGCUUUAUGCUUCAAUGAAUGGACAUCCUAAUGCAAACAGUAGAGACUCGAGACGUUACGGGGGAAGGCGGUAAUAGACUCCGCAUUGUGAUGGUGAAGGGCCGGGAGGGAGUAGUUCUUUCUCCACAGGUUCAUUUGCCACAUUAAUAAGGGAUUAGCAUGGACGGGGCUCCCAGGAUCAGGGCCUGAAGUUUGAGAAGAUUAAUGGACUGUGACAUUAUUGCACCUGAGGGGGAUGUCUGUUGCGAUAUCUGGCGCGUUGAGCUGAUGGAGGGGCUCCGUUGGGCCAGAGAGAGAGAUUUAGUCGGGGUACAACACUUGCGGCUGCUCACUGCCUCUCAUUGUCUUGCAUAAAGAGCCUCUGCAAUUCAUUAUUACGCGUUGUUGGGCUCCUCUUUGACUGGUUUACAGAAGCCUAGAUUAAAUAUUAUGUAAAUUGCGUUGGACUGGUGCAGUGUUCUGUUAUUAAAUAAACGUUCUGUCAUCAUUUACACACCAUUGUGUCUCUCCAAACCUGUAUGCCUUUCUGUAGAACACAAUAGAAGAUACUUUGAAAAAUGCUUCAGCGUUUUUUUAGUCCACACAAUGAAAGUCAGUGGGAUCCAAAGUUCUUUUGGACCCAAGUGACUUUCAUUUCAUGAACAAUAGAAGGAAGAAAAUCAUACAGGUUAAGGUGAGUAAAUAAUGACAGAAUGUUUAUUUUGGGGUGAACGAUCCCGUUUAAAACCAAUUGUGGAUGAAAAAGAUGAACGAGAUGCAUUUUCUCAUUUUUCCGCCUUCAAUGCGCCAAUUUUACACAAUGCACUUGGACCACGGAGUAAUCUGACAUUCAGCUGAACCCCAAGGUUGGUUUUGUCCUAAAUGUACACAUUGGAAACCAAAGAUUCUUGUAUUUGGGAAGGUUCCUAAUUCUCCAAAUCCAUUCAAGCCUCUCUCAAUUCAAGGUUCAGUCCCGCCUUUUCAGCUCAAAUGGCUGUGGUUUACAAUUCUGAAAUUUACACGGCUGUCCGUUUCUCUUACGCAAUCCAGUCUACCUCUAGUGCAGUUUGUCAAAUCCCCGGUGGGAGCAAGCAGGCUUAUCUUUCAAACAGACCAUUGAUUGUGCACGUUCUGGACCCAACGCCGAGGUGAAAACUUCCCCGUUUUGUCCCUACGAGGCUCAGCUUCUGAGGUUCAAGUUGAACUCACUCGGUCUAAAGUACUUUGCAGUUAUAGCCCUUGUUGGGGCCAAACUGUCAAACUGCUUUUGAUAGGGUACUGAUGGAAGACAGGCGAGACGGUGCAAGAAUGGAACGUUGCCUCAGGAUGCCGUCGCAAAGCCUGUAAAACUCCUAAAUAUAGAGAACAAACUGUACAUUUGAGGUAGGGUUAAAGGCACCCCACUUGGGUGCUAGCAGAACUUUUUAGCUUGCUCAAGACUUUUAUACUGUACAUUCACACAGAUGUUCAGAAGGUGUUGCUGGUAGAACUUCAAGCAAGACCUCCCUCUCCUGCAUGGACAGAGUACAGAAAUGCUUCUGUUAUGCUAGGGUUUUUAUUUAUUCAUUAACCAAACUAGCACAGACCAUUGGCAAAUUACCAGGAUUUUUAAGAUUUUCAGAUUCGUUGUUGACUUCUUUUCAUCAUUUUCAUGGUCAUCACACAAUUACUCGCAUGACUGUAGAGUAAAUAUGAUUUAAAUAAACUUCAGUGACUCGAAAACAAUUAUUUGAACAUUCAUUCCACACUUAAAAAGGCAUGAAUUUCAUUUGACAAAAUAUCAAAUUCGCACGUGCAAUGAUACAAAUAAUGCUAGACCUUUUUCUUACUCAUUUCUUACCCAUGUUUGCAAAGACCUUUAACCUUGUAUGAAUUUCACGCAGUGCGACCACAGUUAAACACGAAUGUGAAACACUAAUUUUUCACAACCAGAAAGUGUGUACAUACUCGACAAAAUCUAAAAUAAAUGCUGCUUAGUUUGACAUUUUAGACAUUUUAAGCAAGGUUUGAGUGUCCAAAUAUGCUUCAGAACCACGAACUUAUACCAAUUAAGUUUCGGUCUGUUUCUGUUUUAUUUUUGAAAUCGAAAGGAGAGAAAGAGAUAAAGUAUUCAAAAGAUGAAUGUUCAAAUGUGUUUAGCUGUGUUGUUUCCUCUGCCAGCUCUCUGGCAGCUCAUUUGCUGAAGUCACAAGCAAAAGUCAGCACCAUUCAUCAUAAUUUAAUUUCAUAAAGCAAACUGAUUGAUAAGAGAUGGCUCCCGGAUCCGCUCUGUGAUCUCUGACAGGCUAGAUGAGAACACUCUGCCUUUCACUCCUUCUGAUUUUUAGUUCCAUAUUUUUAUCUUUCAUUCUCAUACACAUAUUAACAUUGACUGAUUAUCGGCAUUGCAUGAUUCCUGAUUACACAUAACACAGAAUAUAAACAAAUUAUUAAACCCUAUCGUGAUAACUCCAGAAGUCUCUCUUACGGUACCUACAUGCUGCAAUUUUGAAUGCAUUUGGGUAACAACUCACACAAUAUGAAAUGGCUUAAGUAGAUACGGUGGAAGAAAAUGUUUCUUGACUAGUUUGUGAUGUUCUGGACACUUUUUCAUUUUUGUACACUGUUUCAAAUGCUCACCUGAGGUACAGUAGGGGUUCAUCUAAUGUGCACCAAUUCAUCUCAACAUUUUUGGGACAGAAGACACAUGCCCCACAUGAACACCACUGUGCACUCUUAACAAUAAAGGUUCCGGUUUGAACCAUGAAGGGUUUUAGAUCCCGAUGCCAUAGAAGACGUUUCUUACGAGUUCCAUGUAGUGCUGCUUUAAAGAACCCAGAAACCACUACUUUGAUCUGAAAAACUUGUAAGGUAACAUCAAGAAUGUUUCUAAUCUCCAAAGAGCAAUACAACCUACUCAAGAACCCUAUACUGGGGGAAGAACCACUGAAGAACCUUUAUUUUUAAGAGAGUACUGUGACCAUCCCCAAGUGCUGUUUCUCUGACACAGUGGCAUCAUUAUGACACAACGAGCCCUGUAGGGCCUUUCCAAAGGUUGAAGGAGUCAUCCUGUCAGAUCGCAGCACCUCCCCUUUCUUCAGAUUAAUAGCUUUGAUUACCAUAAUCUGUAGUGAACUUCUCCUGUUCCACCCCUCCACUGCACCCGCCGUAAUUUAUAAUGUACAUAAAAGAUGUUUUAUGUAAAUUGACCUCCUGGUAAUCUUGCUUAAUGUGCUGUGUUAUUCUAUAAUGGACUGUUAUGAGUUUGUUUCUGCAUAUUUUUUAUUUCGCUUGUUAUAAUGUACUUCCCCACUGCAAUCUGUAUGCAGCUCAAGUAAUCCUUGAUGACUAUUAAUAUUAUGAUUUUGUUUUUGUUUUCUGCUGAGCAUUGUUUGAACAGUGAUAUUUCAUCUUUUUAAUUUCAUAAUAAAUGUUGAAAAGUGAUUUUUUUCCUUUCUGGUUUGUAGUCCACUGCUUCUGACACUGUGAAACUUUGCACUUUGAGCUCUAAUCAGGUUUUACUGCAGAUAAAAGCACAUGUCAAUGUAAUGCUUUCAUCAUGCAGAUCUAAGGUUUAUCAUAAAUUUAGUGUGCAUCAAUACUAAGCACGCACACUGUUAAAACCACAUAUGCACUGUGAUUGAAGUUAACUUAUAAAGCACAGCUUGCUUAAACCUUGUUGACAUAGCACAAAGUAGGACUACGUCUAUUAAAAAUAGACUAAUGAUAUCAAGUAAACAAGAAAACACUGAGUAUGCAUAUGUAUCAGUGUGAAGCUUCAAGCAAGUUUUGUUGCACUUGAUUGAAAGUUGAAAAAUUAAUGCAAACCAGUGACAAACACAACUGAAUAGAUCUGAUAAAGGGAUUUUGCACUAGUAAUACAUGAGCAUUUUGCAUAUAUUUUCAACUGAAAAUCAGUAAGUGCAUUUAAACUUAACAAGCUCUGUUGAACUGCAAAUUUAAGGAAAUACAGAUCUGAAGUGAUGUAUCACUUUGAAAGCCGGUAUAGCAUAGAAAAACCAGUAUUACAAAUAUGUUGCCUCUAGCUUUAUAACAGCAGGAUUGUGAACUGUUUAAAAUGUGUCUGUAAGAUAUGAAAGGACAGAAGAUACCCUGAAGCUUUUUACUAGGUUUGAAAUUUCAAGGAUUUAAGAUACUGAAAAAAUGAGUUUGAAAAGUUAAUGACAAUUUAAAAAAAAAACUGCAUUAACAGAACUAAAUGGAACGAGAUGCUUUGGUUUGUAGACAUAUACAUUCCUGCAAUUGACAGAAACUUUUAAAGUGCUCACAUUCAAGCUACACAUUUGUUCAUGCGUUCCCUGGGAAUUGAACCCAUGACCUUAGCCGUUAGUGCCAUGCUUUACUGUUUUAUACACUGCAGGCCUUUAUAUCAGAAUGAAUGAACACAAUUUUCUAUAUUGACAAAUUUCCUACUGAAAUGGCUUCAUGAAACAUUAUUUGCUACUUGCCGUUUUAUUGCUAGUUGCUUGCAGGUGGUAUUAUGGGGGACGUUCUAGUACUUGACAUAUUUUUAUUGGACAAACAUUUCCAUAUCUCUCAACAAUUCAACAGUAUUUUGGUCCAUUUUUCUGCAAUAGUAAUAUUGUACAUUUUGUCAUUUUUAUUUUGUAAUAUUUUAAGAACGAGAGAAAAAAAAAAAACUCUAAAACUAUACAAGAUGCAAUAAAAUAAGACCCAGACUACAUUAAAUAUGGGUUCAUUUGCUACACCUUAUGGAUAAAUUGUUUUCACCUACCAUAAUAAAUCUUGUGUGGUGAAACAUUGCUUAAAGUCAGAAACACUAAGAAACAAAAAUAUAUGUUUUAUAGUCAGACUGCUAUUGUCCAUAUAGCUAUUGCAAUCCUUUUGCAUUUUAUUGGGUUUAUCCAGCUCAUAAUAACAUUAAUACAUUUUAAUGCUUGAUUUUAAGGACUUUUUUUGUGCUUGAUGUCCAAAAUGGAUUAGGUCCAUGAAUCCAUUGUGAUGACCUUGAAUCUAAAAGACAUGGACUAAAAGUAGAUUUGGAUACCAAGAAUGGAUUCUUAAAAAAAAUAAAUAAUAAUAAUUGGAGAAGAAUGAUGUUUAAUACCAUUGCUCUGAUUUGCAAAUGAAUGAUUCUAACGAGUUGGUUCUUUUUUGUGAUUCAGAAACGUACAGUGGAAACAGUGAAGUCUGAUUCUCGAACGAAUGAUUUAAAUGAGUCGGUUCUUUUAGUAAAUCAAAAACAUACAGCACAAACAGCUGAAUCAGAUCAAUUAUGUCCUGGUUCUUUCUAGUGAAUCAGCAACAUGCAGUGCAAACAGUAAAGUCUGAUUCCUAAAUCAAUGAAUCUAAUGAAUUGAUCUGAGAAAUAUGCAGCACAAUUAGGGUGGCCCUAUUCCUGAAUGAAAGACUCUACUGAGUCAGUUAUUUUUAGUGAAUCAAACACAUAUAGAGGUUUAAAUCAGUAGUUACUGACUGGUUGUGUAGUUAAAGAUUCACAAGAUGAGUUCUACUUACAUUUACAAUGUAUAUAGUUUGUGAAUUGCAUUAAAAAACGUACAAAUAGUCUCGAAGGCAUAUUUAGCGUGUCAAGAAGGUGCUUACCAAUGAGAUUAGUUGUAAUACAACAUCAACAGUUGACUGCACACACCUAUAAAGACAUUUCUACCUUUCUGCCUAAGCUUUCCCUCUACGGCCCCUUUAAUUUGAUAGGUUUACACUCCACAACAGGAGUAAAUCUCUUUAAUAAUAUAAGAACCAAAACAGAUUAGAGUUGAAUAUGGUCUGAUGCUUCAUAGCAGUUGUUUGGUUGAGAACUGGCGUCUAAGUGCUGCAUAAACACAUGCUGAGUGAACGGGUGUAUUUCAAAGUGCCGAGCAAACACAUCCACGGCUUAAACUCUUUUUUUAAUCCUUUCAUUUUUUGGAGCGUGGCCUCCGUUGGCGGGCUGAUGACUUGAUGAGCUUGCGCUGGGGUUGAAUACUGAGAGAUAAAUAAAUACACAAACAAAUCUUUGAAGGCUAGGGUUAGGGUAAUCCCAUCAGUGCUGUCUUUUAUGGUGGACAGCAGAAUCCGGUAUGUCCAGUAAGCGCUCCAAACAUCCUGUUCUGACAUUAUAUGUAGGCUAUAUACAUAUAAUGUGGAGAGGUAUAAAUAUUUAGAGCAGGAUUGGUUCAAGACUAGUUCAUUGGUCUGCGUGGGGCUCCGGGGCUCAAUCGUCCCAGCUGUUGCUUUGACAAGCAGCUGAGGGAGGAAAACGAAUUACUAUGAUAGUGUCAGCGUUAGGUAAACCAGCUGGGAUAUAAACUCACAUUAGUGACAUCCCCGAGGCAUUCAAAUGCUGUCAUGAUGUCCACAUGUGCGCUGCAGAAAAAGCAAAUUGCAAAAAAUGAUGCUAUUUUUCAAUUUUUAUUAAAAUUGUGGACACUUUAUCCGUUGCAUCGCAUCAUGCUGUCUUUUUUCCAACGUCAUUUGGCUUUAGCUUAGGUUUUUAAAAUGCCAUGUCAAGCUGCAAAAUAUUUUUAAACACUGUGAAAGAAAAAUGGUGUUAGAUUUUUGGACACACUUUAUGUUAAGUGUCUUUAACUACUAUGUACCUACAUUUAAAUUAAUCAUUUAAUACAAUUCACUUAUUGUGUACAUACAUGUUUUUACAUGAUAACACUAUCAACACUAUCCCUACACCUUAACCUAACUAGUCUACCAAACCUGUCCAUAACCUUAACCAUAUCCCACCUUGAUAGCAGCAAAAGUGAUCUGGGUUGCCUUUUACAGUACUUACAGUGUACUUACCUAAAAUACUGGAUAAUAUAAGGCAACUACAUGGGUUAGGGGUAGGUUCAGGGUUAGUACCUAGUUAUUACCCAGGUAUUGUAAUUACUAUAACAAAUACAUAGUAUGUACAUGCGGAACAUGACUGUAAAAUAAAUCAAGAAAAAGUGCUACCAUGACGUGCAAUACAACGUGUACACAGUAAGUUAAUCAUACCAAGCAAUUCAUUAUUUUUAAUGUAAGUACAUGGUAGUUAAAAACACCUUAAUAUAAAGUGGGACCCAAUUUUCUAUUAGAAAUUGCUAAUAGAUAUCUCAAUAAAAUGUUCAAAAAAUGGCAAGUAAUACGUUGAAUUAAGCAUGAAGUUUUAAAGCAGAAAAAGUGAAAAGCAUUGUUAAACAUACCCCAAUAAUCUUCCAAAUUAUUAUUAUUAUUAUUAUUUUUACACUGCAGCCUAUAAAAACAUUUCCUAGUGCAAAUGCAAGUUGCCAUCCCAACUGAAACCAAUUGGACCACGAGGAACUACUCAAAAUGCCAAUUUGGCACAUUUGCACAUAGUAGUUACCAGACAGACUGGCUGUGUCUCAAAUCGCCCCUUAUGUAGUGCUCUAUUUGAGGGGACUGCCAUUUGAAGUGCUGUCCGAAGCCAUGGUGGACAUAAAAUGUCCACAUAUUCAAUACCAUAAUGCACCUCAAUAAUGACUGUACAACCGAUGUUAGUAGUGGUAUUAUUAUGUACGCUAGUGAAUACCCAUGUACUGUGAGCGUCACGUCAAAAUGAAUCCUACACAGCACUUUCGGCGCCUUUUUUUUGUCAGAAUUCACUCACUCGUUUUCAUUCACUCAUUCAGAGGACUAUAUUUGUAAUGUAGGGAAUAGUGAAGGAGGGUAUAGAGGGUGAUUUUAGAUACAGCCACUGUAUGCCUAUAGCUCAAACAGGAGAGCUUGUUAGCAAUUUGAAGGUCAUGGGUUCAAUUCCAAGGGAACAAAUGAAAGAAUUAAAAAAAAAACAUACACUUUAUAUGUAAUGUAUGCUGCUUUGGAUAAAUGUACAGUAAAUGGUCUUAAAUCAGUGUGAAAUACUUUGAUAUUGUAAAUAUCAAUGCCCAUUUGCUAAUAAUACACAGUACAGCGGCCCCAAAAAAUAUUUGGAAACUUUUUUUUUUUUUUUUGUGGGAAACAAGUGAAUUGCAUUAGAAAAUAAUGUGUGUCUGAAACCUAAGGCGGUUACUUUGCUGCCUAGUUAUUCGAUAACUGUAUGAAGGUACCUCUUCAGAAACAGUGAUAUCAUGUGUAAUGUGUAGGCCUAUAUAUACAGUAUAUAUAUAUAUAGAUAUAUAUAUAUAUAUAGUAAGACAUUUCCCAUGGACACAUGUCCAGAGUUACUACAGUUGUAAUUCUACUAAUGUUUGACAACCAGAAAUCAUGUUUUGCUUGAAGAGCGUGCUUAUUUCUGUUUCUUAAAAUGAUUAUGCCACUUGGUUUGACGUUUAUCUAGUAACGUUUAUCCAUUCAUUUUAAAUUGUGGCUGAAGAGACUAAAUGCUGUUUUGGGGCCACCAUCUUGUGUUCAAGCAAACCAUUAGAAGCAAGAAAGAGUGAGAAAGACAGAAACAUUGCUGUGCUAAAGGGGAAAAAAUGUGCUCAGCACCCAGAGACUCCAUUUUCAAGACAUAAAAUCACCUCUUCACACUGACUUUGCAGUCUGUGAUUUUUACGAUGGCAGGCGUGGUAUUAGUCGCUCCAAUCUGUAUAUCCAUCUCUUGCUUUGUCUUGGCCCAGGCAAAUCGA